GGGAAUUUUGGGAGUUGAAAUCAGUUCCAAUUAUUGGUCUUCAAUCAGGGCGACGUUUUGUUGCCCUCUUCAGAUUCCGGGGACUUUGGGGGCAUUUGGGCUGCCUCUUCGGUGAGAUCCGGGGGGAUUUGGUGCGUUUGGGGCCAAACGUUGCCAGGAAGGACUAUGGCCGCCGGGCAAGUCCUGCUGCAGCUGCUGCUGCUGCCGCCGCCGCCCCUCCGGAGGGCUCUGCUGCUCUCUUCCUGGCCGCAGGGCCGGAGCAGGGCCUUCGGGGCUGCUGCUUCUUCGCGGGAGCCCCCCGGAAGAGAGGGCGAGGUGGCGGAGGCCAGGAAGGCCGCCCUGGAGCAGGAGCAGGAGGCUCCGGAGGCCCCCGGCCCCGGCCGCUCCGUCUUCUCCCGGAUCCUGGAGGGCUCCCUGCCCACGCGCUUCCUCUACGAAGACGAACAGUGCGUGGCCUUCCGGGACGUGGCCCCUCAGGCCCCGGUCCACUUCCUGGUCAUCCCCCGGAAGCCCAUCCCCCGCCUCAGCAGAGCGGACCCCAGCGAUGAUGGCCAGCUCCUUGGACACUUGCUGGUCGUGGCCACCAAAGUGGCGAAGGCGGAGGGUCUCUCGGAGGGCUUCCGCGUGGUGAUCAACGAUGGGAAGCACGGGGCCCAAUCCGUGUACCACCUCCACCUCCACGUCUUGGGGGGCCGCCAGAUGGAGUGGCCGCCCGGCUGACCAAGGCUGCACCCCACCGACGGAGCCACCCUAAAAUAAAAUAAAGCCUUGUGGAGUGGGA